AUGGCCACACAGAUAGAGUCAAGACUUUUCUUAUUAACCCUCCCUAUCCUUGCAUGUGUUUUUCCAGGCAGUGGUUAUGCGAGGGAAACAGAGAAGAAUGGAGCUAUCAUUAAAGGGAUGUUUGUGUUUGGAAGCUCUCUAGUUGACAAUGGCAACAACAACUUCCUCAAAAACUCAAUAGCUAAAGCUGAUUUUUUGCCAUAUGGAAUAGACUUCCCUUAUGGUCCAUCUGGUAGAUUUACAAAUGGGAAAAAUGUAAUUGACCUCCUUUGCGACCAGCUUAAGCUUCCUUUGGUUCCUGCUUUCACUGACCCCUCGACUAAGGGAAGCAAAAUGAUCCAUGGUGUCAACUAUGCUUCUGGUGCUUCUGGCAUACUGGAUGACACCGGCUUACUCGCAGGUAAUGUGAUCAGCUUAAAUCAACAAAUAAGGAACUUUGAGGAGGUUACCUUCCCUGUAUUAGAAGCUCAAAUAGGAUUCAAAAGAGAGUUACUUCCGAAGUACUUGUUCGUUGUGGGAACUGGAGGGAACGAUUACUCGUUCAACUACUUCCUGAGGCAAUCCAAUGCAAAUGUCAGUCUUGAAGUCUUCACUGCCAACCUGACAGAGAAACUGUCAGGGCAACUUCAGAAGCUGUACCGUUUAGGGUGUCGCAAGUUUGUGUUGAUGGCAGUUAACCCAAUUGGGUGCAGCCCUAUGGUCAAGGCAAACCGACCGACACGUAAUGGCUGCAUUCAAGGUUUGAACAAGGCAGCUCACCUCUUCAAUGCUCACUUGAAGUCUUUAGUAGAUUUCAGCAAGCAACAAAUGCCUGGCUCAAACCUCGUCUUUGUCAAUUCAUACAAGAUGAUCAGAGAUAUUAUAAAAAAUCCUGUCUCCAGAGGAUUCAAAGACACAAGCAGCGCUUGUUGUGAAGUGAGGUCCUUGAAUGAAGGAGGAAAUGGCAUCCUUUGCAAAAAAGAAGGGCAACCCUGUGAAGACAGGAACAUUCAUGUCUUCUUUGAUGGGUUGCAUCCAACAGAAGCUGUGAAUGUUCAAAUAGCAACAAAGGCUUAUAAUUCCAAUCUUACAAGUGAAGUUUAUCCCAUUAAUGUCAAACAACUAUCCUUGCUUUAG